CCGAAAGAUUGUGUCGUAAAAUCCUUCUGUAUUUUCGUUGCAGUAGAGAUCAGUAUUUCUUCAGUAUCACAGCUUUAAAUGUGUGAUUUUGUGGUUUACUGUAUUUAUUUCAGUUUAAUGCCAUAGAGAAGGAAAUGUAAAAUAAAAAAAGCAACAAAAUGAGUUGAUUUGAAGCUAAACGGGCUGAGAAAUGGCUAAAUUCACCGAAAAGGGGGUUUGUUUUUUCCAAACUGGCUCCUGACGCGCCGCGCUUCCCCUUGUCGGCUCCAGCAGACGCGGGUCAGUGUUUGGUGAUGGAGGCCAGUCCAGACAUCCACAUUUGCGGCUUCUGCAAGCAGCAGUUCAACAACUUCGAGGCGUUCCUGGCCCACAAGCAGGGCGGCUGCUCCCCGCCCGCCCCGGAGCCGGCGGAUCCCGGCAGCGACUUCGUGCUGGAGGACACCCCCCAGAGCUGCGUGCGGAGGGGGACUAAAAAGAUCCUGAGCAAAGCGCAGAAAGCACCUGCGAGGAAACUGAAACCCGCCGCGGCUUCCAAGAGACACUCCUGCUGCUUUUCAGGUUGCACCUUUAAGACCCAGUAUGGCCAAAAGCACAUGGAGCGGCAUCUCAAAACACACACCGGCGAGAAGCCGUUUGAGUGCGAGCUGUGCCACAAGCGCUUCAGCCGGCGGGACAAGCUCAACAUGCACAGCCGCUCGCACACGGGGGAGCGGCCGCACAAGUGCAAGCUCUGUCCGUACGCGGCGGCGGACAGCAGCAGCCUGAAGAAGCACCUGCGCAUCCACUACGACGAGCGGCCGUUCAAGUGCCAGAUCUGCCCGUACGCCAGCCGCAACUCCAGCCAGCUCACCGUCCACCUCCGCUCCCACACCGGCGACGCGCCGUUCCAGUGUCAGCAGUGCGACGCCAAGUUCAAGAUCAACUCGGACCUGAAGAGGCACGUCCGGAUCCACUCGGGGGAGAAACCCUUCAAGUGCGACUUCUGCGAGUACCGCUGCACCAUGAAGGGCAACCUGAAGUCGCACGUCCAGAUCCGCCACAGCAGCGAGGACUCCCUUCAGUGCGCGCUGUGCGACUUCAAAUGCGCCGGCAAGGCGGUGCUGCGGCAGCACUCCCGGCAGCACCGGCCGGCGCAGCCGCUGCAGUGCUCCAAGUGCACUUACUCCUGCUCCAGCAAGGGGGCGCUCAAAGUCCACGAGCGCAUCCAUUCAGAGGAUCGCCCCUUCAAAUGCCACUUCUGCGGCUUCUCCUCCAAGCAGCUCAGCAACCUCGCCAUCCAUAAGAAGAAGUGUCACUCGGAGGCGCCGGACAACGGCGGCGGCGGCGGGAAGACAGCCAGCAGAAGCGGGGUUAAAGGCACAGCCGCCGACCCUCCCAAGCCCGUCAGCUCCAGGUAUCGGGCCAAGCUGGAAGCGGCCCGGGCUUACUGCUGUGACCUAUGCGAUGCGUCGUUUGUGAGGGAGGACUCGCUGCGCAGCCACAAGAAGCAGCACCGAGACAACCAAAGCACGCCGCUCGCCGCAGAUCCAGCCAGCCUGCUUCCUGUCGCCGUGCCACACGACACCCAGCUCCCCAUCCAGACCGGCGUGGUGGCGCCUUUCACAAACGCGCAGCUUAAAAUCCUCGUGGCUCCACAGGACGCCUCCAUCCCCGCCGCCGUGGACGCUCAGAACAAACCAGGCAUGGUUCUGCUCAGCCCGGAGAACCAGGACAUGGUCCUCAACUCCGUUAUCCACCAGGUCAACCUGCUGACACCCCUACAAAGCCUCGGGUCGCCCCAAACCGCCGGCGAACCCCACACAGUCCUCCUGACCCACCUGAGCCCCGAGGACAGCAGCAACCCCCUCCACCAGGCUCUGCUGCAGACCGCCAUCAGCCCCCACGACCCCAACGGCGCCCAGACGUUUAUCACCGCCUGCCCCGAGCUGGACGGCCUCAGCUCCCUCAUCCAGGGCGGGGGGACGGAGGUCACAGUGGUGACGGAGGGGAGCUCAGCUUUAGUGACGGCAGCAGCUUUGCCCGUCUCCAUGGCGGCGGCAAAGGUGGAGGACAGUGCCUUAGCGUGCCAGGAGGCCUCCGUCCUGGUGCCGGGCCUCGGAGGCCAGAACGUUCUGAUCCACGGCCUGCCGCUGAUCGUGUCCGGUCAGCUGCAGCAGGGCGCCGUGGACCAACGCACUCUACACAGAUUCCCACACGCUGGACGGACUGCAGCAGUGAGCGGGACACGCCCCUUUCUGCAGAGGACAUGACCCUUUCUGCAGAGGACACUCUGCUCACAGUUGUCAAAGGUUAUAUUUACUUAAUUCUAAAGAACUGGAGGCUACGAAGAAAACAUUUUCCUUCAUUUUAUAAAAUAUGUUCAUUAAGAAAAAAUGCUUUUUCAUACUUACAUGUUAUUUUUUUACAAAUUCAUAAGCCAUCAACAAUUUUUACAUCAAGUAGGUAAUUCAUUUAUGUUAAGACAUUUUGAUCACGUUUACAGCAAAUGUUAUAUUUUCAGCAAAAAUCAAUCAAGCGUCAAAUGAAAAAGCCGCUGCAGUUUUCCAGUUUGUCCACUAGAUGGCAGCAGAGCGACGGGGUUCAUCUGCUUCUGCUGUUAAUGGAUUUGUUUUGAAAUCAUCUCUGGAUGUUUGGAAGAAGACAUCAAUCGAGUGUCAUAUCAAGACCUUCGUUCUUUAAAAGCUGAGUUUGUCUCGCUAUAGAUUUUCCGAUAAAGUGCCUGUUCUGCCUCGCCGCCUUUUGUUCCAACGCACUUAAGUCUGCUGCACCUGAAUAGGAGCCUCCUUUCCAACGCUUCGCAUUGAUCCCUUAUCCUCUUCGCCUGGCGCUGAGGCACACUCAGGCGCAGCAGGAACACCCACAAUAUCGGCAGCAGCGGUCUGCUGUCCUCGACCUCCAGGGAGAAACGCGUCAAAAAUGCUUUAGAGGUUGUUUUGUCUUGUUGCAGCAUCUUUAAGUGGAAUUGGUUUGUUUCAUGCAAACAUCAAAUGGGUCCAUUUUUGUGUUCUGACAGCUGUGCAGACUCCAGAAUCUGAGCAUCUGGGGAGCAAAGCACCCUGGGAUACAAUUGGGUUUUUAUACUUCCUCCUUUCUAGCUUGGUGGCCCCGAAGAUCAUCUAUUUGCAGAGAUGGAGGCUCUGCAGGAAAACCAUGAAGUGGCCUCUGGAGGAACCCUUUGAUCUAUUAUCUAACAUACUUCCAGGCCACAAUCCUGAGAUCCCGCCCCCUCCACUGCCACGCCCCCUCGCUGCCCUCUCCUCUUACCUUCAAGCUCCAGACAUCAGACUUGAGGUUUUCCUGCAGAAAAAAAUCUCUAUCAGAUUUAACUUUUAUUUUCUUUACGAGUUCAGGAGAAAUCCUGAUGGUUUAGGCUGUGUCUGAAUUCCCUCCCCGCUCCUAGACCCUAAAACCUUGGAUACCGGUACCGGUCCGUGGGACAGUUGGUACUGCAGAGAAAAAAAUAAAACCAACACCUACACUUUUCCUGUUUUAUUAAGUUUUAUUUUGAAAACUGCCGGAUUCUCCACAUGGUUCUCGUCACACAUCAAGUUGCUCAUUAAUGUUUUGAAAAUCCAUCCGCUAAUUCUUUUUAAAGGCCUGGACCAACCGCUACCUUGAAACCUCUAAGCUAGCAAAAUAAAAUAAAAAACAUGUUUGGAAAGUUUGUUUUCGCAGAAAAGAUCCAACAAGGAAACAGAAGAAGAGCCUUCAACUUCAAAAUAAAAGCAUUAAAGAAAAAA